CAGCUUAUUGGAUUUUUUUCCACACCACUAAUCAUAACUCACUUGCCAAUGCAAGUGCUUGUUGAAUGAUAAAACUAGAAGUACAUUUGUACAAGUAAAUCACCCACCAACCAUGAUUAAUGCUACCUUAGCAUCAAAUACAUUAAAUCACAUACAGUACCUUAAAUGUGGGGUAGCCCUACCCAUCUAAUCCUAUUCACUGCACAUUAUAGUUAAACAUGCUUUGAGCACAAUGCUCUCUAUGUGCUACAUCUCCUCCCAACCUACCCUUCUUUCCUUUAUUCUUUGCAUAAAACCCAAUAAUCCAUCCAUAAUCUUUCACCUUCAAAUUACCCAUUUAUCUCCUUAAUAUUCAUCAAUGGAUCCCUACAAAUUCCUAAAAAUAUCCCCAAACCCAGAUGGUACAAUUACCAGACUCACCCCUACAAUCUUAGUACCCACUACUGAACAACAAGAACAAGAAAAUCCAACUGUAUUGUCAAAGGAUGUAACUCUUAACAAUGCUAAAAGAACUUUUGUUCGUAUUUACCGGCCUGCAUCAGCAAUAACAAGCAGUAAAGUUCCAGUAAUUAUAUACUUUCAUGGUGGUGGUUUUGUGUUUUACUCUGCUGGAACUGUGUUCUUUCAUGAGUCCUGCAACCGGAUGUGUGCAGCGAUUCCUGCUGUGAUUGUGUCUGUUGAUUAUCGGUUGGCGCCUGAGCAUCGCCUUCCUGCUGCGUAUGAUGAUGCUAUUGAGGCUAUCUUGUGGGUUAGAGAUCAAGCUUUGAGUUGUGUUAAUGGUGGAGAAGGAAAUGGAAGUGAUCCUUGGUUGAAGGAGUUUGCUGAUUUUGGGCGCUGUUUCCUUAUGGGUAGUAGUUCUGGUGGCAAUAUUACUUACCGUGCAGGUUUACGUGCACUAGAUUAUGAUCUAUCUCCGAUGAAAAUCGAAGGGCUAGUAAUAAAUCAAGCAUAUUUUGGAGGAGAAGAGAGGACAGAUUCAGAAUUAAGGCUUGUUGAUGACAAAAUCGUUCCUUUACCAGCCAAUGAUGUUAUGUGGUCUCUUGCUUUGCCCAUUGGUGCUGACCGUAACCAUGGAUUCUGUAAUCCAAUGGUUGAAAGCUCUCGCAUUGAGAACAUCGGACGGCUGCCAAGGUGUCUGGUUAAUGGGUAUGGAGGGGACCCACUUGUUGAUAGGCAGAAGGAAUUUGCUAAGAUGUUGGAGUCACGCGGAGUUCAUGUGGUAUCCUUCUUUGAUGAAGGAGGGUUUCAUGCUGUGGAGUUGUUUGAACCUCAAAAGGCUCAGGCUUUACUUGAUAAAAUAAUACAAUUUAUUGGAUCUAACUAGUGAAAUUGUAAUUCAUUACUAUAUAAAUAAAUUAAUUGCAUAUUGCAUGAAGGCUUUUAAUUAAUGUAAGAAUUAUUAUUUGAUUUAUCUGAUAAAAUUAAAUCAAAUAUUUUGCAAGAUUCCCUUAUUCAUUAAUAUGUUUAUUAAUGGAUUUCUUGAGUUUUGACACAUCAUCAAU